AUGAGCACCACCACGGGGAUCCCCACCGGGAUCCAUCGGGGCUACCUCCGCAAAUACGGAGGCUUCCUUUUCAAGCAGUGGAAGGAGAAGUUCCUCGUCCUCUCGCUGGACGGCAGCCUGCUCAUCUGCCCGGAUGCCGACUCCCCAGCCGAGGUGGGCAUCUCCCUGGGCACCAGCUGCGAGGCCAUCCUGGAGGGCAGCGAGAUCUGCCACCUGCCGCGCCUUCCCCUGGGGGCCCAGACGGACAGCUGCUUGGGGCUGAGUCUCAGCGACGGCAAGUUACUCCUCUUCCUCGCACCUGACGGCCAAGUGUGCAGACUUUGGCUCAACAUCUUAAGAAAAGUCAAAGAGAGCUUCUCCCAGGGAUCCCCCUCCAGCUGCAAGCUCCACAUCAACUCGCCGGUGAGAAAACACUGCCGGAAAGGCGCUGGGCGCAGCGGGUCUCCCAGCCCCAGCACAGAGAGGCGAGAAGUUGCCAGGUCCAGCCUGUGCCACGAAACCUGCUCCCCGCACUGCCUCCGCCACGGCCCCAAGGCCCCCACCUCAGGGGUGAAGGCCGCCUGCCUCCUGGUGGGGGGCGCCGCCGCUGGUCCCAGCAUGGGUCACAUGGUCAGCUCAUCCACAGCCGGACCCCCUGCGGACCCCCGCCCGCCGGACUUCAAGGAGCUGGGCUACCACCCGUCGGCCUGUGAUUCCGAACCGCAGUACGAGGCCCCCCUGGAUUACGACGGGAUGGAGCAGGACGUAGACAUGCUGGAUUUUGGGGGGUUCGCCUUCUAGGCUCUGCCGUUGGCUGGGAGUCCCAAAGGGAGAGGUCUAAAGGGCUAAAUCUAAUCCGGAGCUGGCAAAAGGGGGUGCUCUGCUCCCUCCCUCUCCCCCAGGACUCGUUCGUCUGGCACCCCUCGCAGACAUUUCCUGCACAUGCCCUUUGUUUGGAAAGGGUGCGGGUUCCUGCUUCAGAGAUUUACCUCCUUUUCCUGUCCCCGCUUCCCCAUUUUUUUAAAAAAAUAUUUUUUAUUGAAGGAUUUUUAAAACCAAGG